AUGGCGGCGCCUGCAGAAUACAAGAAAUUUAAUACUUGGGAACGACUUCUUCAGCAAAUUGCUAAAGACUUUCCUGAUAUCUAUCCUCAUGUCAAGCAGUUGUACGGGGAAUCAAGCAAGCUGAUAUACGUCACUGACAAGGGAGUUGAGUUAUUAACAUCAAGUGAAGGAGUUCAUCAAGGAGACCCUUUGGGACCUGCUCUUUUCUCAGCUACUAUCCAUCCUAUUUUAUGUGAGGUGAUCAAGAGACAUGAGGGUGUUACUAUGUUGGCAUAUCUAGAUGACAUCUAUGUGGUAGGUCCAGUCAAUAGUCUUCGAAAUAUUUUGGAUGAUUUGAAGUCUUCCCUGUCCACGUUGCAUUUGGAAAUUUUAGACAGAAAGUGUGAGUUGUUUUGUCCCUCUGGUAAUGUCUGUAAUUUUCCAACUCCAGUUACCUCUGAUGGCACUAUUAUACUAGGCACACCAGUAGGAAAACCUGAAUUUGUUCGUUCUCAAUGUGCUGACAUUGCCAAGGGUGGGAAGGAACUUUGCCGUGAAUUGGCCCUGCUGAAUAAUCGGCAAAUCUCCAUGCUGAUUCUACGACACUGUCAUGUGCCUAGAUUGAACUACUUGGCAAGGCAAGUAUUUCCUCGUGAUCUAGAACUGGCAGCAGUCAUCCAUGACAAAAUGACUAGAUCUUCAUUUGUGGACAUCAUUGGUUUCAAUCAUUUGAAUGAUACAGCCUGGAAACAAGCGACUCUAAAGCUCAAGAAUGGAGGCUUUGGUUUAACACAGAUUGGACAAAUUUCUCAUGCUGCUUUUGUGUCUUCUUGGUGUCAAUCAAUGAAAGAAUUGCCAUCUCGUUUCUUGUGUAUGACUGACUUGGUUGAUUAUCUUACUUCUUCUAAAGAAAAGUCGGGGUCGAUUGGCUCAGAAGUAAUUUCUAGCUUUUCCGACUUGCCACCAUUGUCCAAGUCAGCUGACAAUGAUGAAGAUUUUCAAACACUUGAUGACAUCAUCGCUUAUCCUAAGAAACUGCAGCACCGUCUUUGUACUGAGAUAAACGAAAUUAAUGUGUCUGAACUCAUUGCUCAGGCUCCUUCUGAUAAAGAUGCGGCAAGGCUGCGGUCAUUGCAAGGUCGUGGAGCCGGAGAUUGGUUAGAUGCCAUUCCUACUUCUGAUAGGCACGCACUUAAAACAAACGACUUUUCUACAGCGUCCUAUUUGCGGUUGGGAUUGGCUUUACCGUUUACCAAGUGGGUGAAAGUGUGUGACUGUGGACAACAACUGGAUCAACAAGGAUACCACCUACUAACAUGCAACAAAUCCGACAACGUUGAAAUAUCUUUGAGAUGGUGUUCUAAAGUUAGCCCAAUAUCACUCGCAUGA